AUGGAAGCUACAUCUCCCAAUACGGCACCACCAGGAAGCACCAAUACCAUCCAACCCCCCUCAAUCUCUCAACAAGACGGGAAUCCCUCAAACUCAUCAACAAUCCAACAAGAAUCCUCCUCAAACCCAGCGCAGUAUGAAGAACAACACGUCCACACAGUCUACAACGAAAUCGCCCCCCACUUCUCCUCAACCCGCUACAAACCCUGGCCCAUCGUCAAGACCUUCCUGCAAUCCCAACCGCCCGGGUCCCUAGGCCUCGACAUCGGCUGCGGGAAUGGAAAAUACCUCCCCAUCAACCCAUCCGUCUUCAUCAUCGCCUCCGACCGCUCAUCAGGACUGAUCAAAUUCGCUUCACAGCACCAACCCCAUUCCGCCAUCAUCGCGGACACACUUGCACUCCCCCAUCCUAGAGGAAAAUUUGAUUUUGCGAUUUGUAUUGCGGUGGUGCAUCAUUUGUCGACGGCGAAGCGGAGACGGCAGGCUGUGCAUGCGAUUUUGGAGACGUUGAGUGGUAAGGGGAAGGCGUUGAUUUAUGCGUGGGCGUUGGAGCAGAGGGAUAGUAGGAGGGGGUGGGAUGAGGGUUCGGAGCAGGAUGUUAUGGUUCCUUGGGUGAUGAAGAAGGCGAAGAGGGAUUUGGCGGAGGGAGAGAAGAAUGAGACGACGUUUCAGAGGUAUUAUCAUCUUUAUCGGAAGGGUGAGAUGGAGGAGAAUGUUGAGGCGGCUAGGGGUGUGGUUGUGGAAGCUGGGUAUGAGAAGGAUAAUUGGUGGGUGAUAUGUUCAAGGGGGAAAGGGUUUGAAGAGGGGAAGGAAUUAUGA